GAUGGUUGGGCAGCUGCAUCCUGGUACAUUACUUCCCGCCGCCGUGUGGUUACUGAGAAAGCAUCUACGUUUGUCCAUCAUGCCUAAAUCUAAAGAGGUUUUGUCGUCCACAUCUGGCAGUGACUCGGACAGCGAAGUCGAUAAAAAGGCAAAGAGAAAGAAGCCCAGUGCUCCAGAGAAACCAGCAAAGAAAGCUAAGAGUGGGGAGAGUUCGAGGCCUAGUGCAGGAGGAGCAGACAGCAGUAAAGGAGACAACAUGUUCCAGAUCGGAAAGAUGAGAUAUGUGAGCGUCAGAGAUUUCAAAGGCAAAGUUCUGAUCGAUAUUCGGGAAUACUGGAUGGACCAAGCCGGGGACAUGAAGCCUGGGAAAAAAGGUAUCUCACUGAACCCAGAACAGUGGAACCAGCUGAAAGAGCAGAUCCCAGACAUUGAUGAGGCUGUGAGCAGGUUAUAAGUGAUCUGACAGCUGUGUGUGUGAUAGUGGAGCUGACAAAGUGUUUUUAGAGUUUAAUACUUAGGUACAUUGGCACUUUGUUAAAGAGUUGUUUGAUUUUUUUUCCCUCCAACUUGUGUAUAUUUGCAUUUUUUCCUCUUCUUUUUUUUUUUAAACCUUUGUUGUGUUGAAGUCUAAUCUGGUGAGGUUAUAAAGCGCGCGCGUGUGUGGACGUGAAUGAAACGAUGGCUUUAUUUAGCGCACUCAACUGCUGAAACUCUUCCUUAUAUUGGAAAAAAAAAUAAUAAAGG